AACAAGGGGGCAGCGAUGCACAAGGAGCUGUAUCUGAAACAUGGAGCACACAGGGAGUUUUUAGGGGGUUCAAGGAUUUUUUGGGGGGGGGUCCAGGAGGCCUCAGGGGAUUUUGGGGUCCCCUCCUUGACCCCCCCUGUGCCCCCCAAGUCCUCUCAGGGUGGGGGACACCGGACGCUGCUCUACGGCCACGCCAUCCUGCUGAGACACUCUCACAGCGGCAUGUACCUGAGCUGCCUGACCACCUCCCGCUCGGUCACCGACAAGCUGGCCUUCGACGUGGGGCUGCAGAAGGAUGCAGCAGGUGAGGCGUGCUGGUGGACGAUGCACCCGGCGUCCAAGCAGCGCUCGGAGGGGGAGAAGGUUCGGGUGGGAGACGACCUGAUCCUGGUCAGCGUGUCCUCGGAGAGAUACCUGCACCUCUCCACGGCCUCCGGGGAGCUGCAGGUGGACGCCUCCUUCAUGCAGACCCUGUGGAACAUGAACCCCAUCUGCUCGGGCUCCGAGGAAGGUUUUGUCACCGGCGGCCACGUCAUGCGCCUGUUCCACGGCCACAUGGACGAGUGCCUGACCCCCACGGCCCCCGAGCAGGGCGAGGAGCGCAGCGUUGUCAACUACGAGGGUGGCGCCGUGUGCGCCCACGCCAGGUCCCUGUGGCGCCUGGAGCCCCUGCGCAUCAGCUGGAGCGGGAGCCACCUGCGUUGGGGACAGCCCUUCCGCCUGCGCCACGUCACCACCGGCCGCUACCUGGCGCUGACCGAGGCCACCGGGCUGGCCAUGGUGGAGGCCAGCGCGGCCAACACGCGCGUGGCCACCUUCUGCUUCCGGGCCUCCAAGGUGGGAGUGUCACUGCAUCCCAGGAGCCUGGACAGCCUCCAGGGCCGCCCCCGGGGGUCUCCGCCGCCCCCCCUGCCCAUCGCCGGCGUCAUCCUGAGCCUGCGGGACCUGAUCGGGUACCUGGAGCCGCCGCCCCCCGAGCUGCGGCACGAGCAGCGCCAGGGCCGCCUGCGGGCGCUGCGGGCCCGCCAGAGCCUCUUCCAGCAGGAGGGCAUGCUGACCCUGGUGCUGAGCUGCAUCGACCGCCUGAGCGCCUACAGCACCGCGGCGCAGUUCGGGGAGGCCGCGGGCGAGGAGGCGGCGGCCGCCUGGAAGGAGAUCGUCAACCUGCUCUACGAGCUGCUGGGUGGGGCCCGGGGGCAGAUCCGGGGGGCUGGGGGGCAGAUAUGGGGGCGGUGCAUCCUGGAGGUGCUGUACUGCGUGCUGAUCGAGAGCCCCGAGGUGCUGAACAUCAUCCAGGAGAACCACAUCAAGUCCAUCAUCUCCCUGCUCGACAAGCACGGCCGCAACCACAAGAGCCCCGAGGUGCUGAACAUCAUCCAGGAGAACCACAUCAAGUCCAUCAUCUCCCUGCUCGACAAGCACGGCCGCAACCACAAGGUGCGCGGGGCUGCCGGCCCGGGUGGGCUCAGGUGUGCCCUCAACUAUCCCCAGGUGUGCUCAGGUGUGCCCACGUGGGCCCAGGCUGUGACCCCCCCCGGUGUCUGUGGGGUCCCUGUGGUGGGUCUGUGGUCUCUCUGGUGGGUCUGGGGUCCCCGCGGUGUCUGUGACCCCCCGGUGGGUCUGGGGUCCGCAGGCAUCCUGGAGGUGCUGUACUGCGUGCUGAUCGAGAGCCCCGAGGUGCUGAACAUCAUCCAGGAGAACCACAUCAAGUCCAUCAUCUCCCUGCUCGACAAGCACGGCCGCAACCACAAGGUGCUGGACGUGCUGUGCUCGCUGUGCGUCUGCAACGCCGUGGCCGUGCGCUCCAACCAGAACCUGAUCACCGAGAACCUGCUGCCGCGCCGCGACCUGCUGCUGCAGACCGGCCUGGUCAACUACGUCACCAGCGUGCGCCCCAACCUGUUUGUGGGGACGGCGCCGGGCUCGACGCAGUUCCGCUGCUGGUACUUCGAGGUGGCCGUGGAGCGGGCCCAGCCCUUCGUCACCGCCGUGCCCACCCACCUGCGCGUGGGCUGGGGGGCGGCCGGGGGCUUCCGGCCCGCCCCGGGGGGCGGCGCAGGCUGGGGGGGCAACGGCGCCGGCGACGACCUCAACUCCUUCGCCUUCGACGGCCUCCACCUGUGGACAGGGGGUGUCCCCAAGGCCGUGGGGUCACCCCAACGCCGGGCUCUGGCCGAGGGGGACGUGGUCAGCUGCUGCCUGGACCUGGGGGUCCCCAGCGCCUCCUUCCGCCUCAACGGGGCCCCGGUCCAGGGGGUCCUCGAGGGCUUCAACCUCGACACCCUCUUCAGCCCCGUGGCCAGCUUCUCGGCGGGGGUCCGCCUGCGCUUCCUGCUGGGGGGCCGGCACGGCGAGUUCCGUUUCGUGCCCCCGCCCGGCUACGCGCCCUGCGCCGAGGCGCUGCUGCCCCGGGAGCGGCUGCGGCUGGAGCCGCUCACCGCCUACCGGGGCUCGGCGCCGCCCGGAGCCCGCAGCCUCCUGGGGCCCAGCCGGGCCCUGCCCCACACCGCCUUCACCCCCUGCCCCGUGGACACCUGCCAGGUGCGCGGGGGGAAAGGGAGGGGGGAUUUGGGGGCAUUGGGGGGGAUUGGGAUAGGGUUUUGGGGGGAUGGAGGUGUUUUUGGGGUGCCCCAGGUCCGCGACGACGUGCAGCGGCUGCACCCCUGUUUGCUGAGCUUCCACAGCCUCCCCGAGCCCGAGCGCGGCUACAACCUCCAGAUGUCGGGGGAGACCCUCAAGACGCUGCUGGCCCUGGGCUGCCACGUGGGGAUGGCGGACGAGAAGGCUGAGGAGAACCUGAAGAAGAUCAAACUGCCCAAAACGUACACCAUGUCCAACGGGUACAAGCCGGCGCCGCUGGACCUGUCGCACGUGCGGCUGACGCCGGCGCAGCUGACGCUGGUCGAUCGCCUGGCCGAGAACGGCCACAACGUCUGGGCCCGGGACAGGGUCCAGCAGGGCUGGACCUACAGCACCACCCAGGACAUCAAGAACAAGCGGAACCCGCGGCUGGUCCCCUACAACCUGCUGGACGAGGGGACAAAGGCCACCAACCGCGAGAGCCUGUGCCAGGCCGUGCGGACCCUGCUGGGCUACGGCUACAACAUCGAGCCCCCCGACCAGGAGACGCCCUCGCAGGGAGUGCCCCCGGGGGGUCCCCGCGCCCCCCGGCCGCGGCUGUUCCGCGCCGAGCGGGGCUCUGCCGUGCGCAGCGGCCGCUGGUACUUCGAGUUCCAGGCGGUGACGGCCGGCGAGAUGCGCGUGGGCUGGGCCCGGCCCCGGCUGCGCCCCGACACCGAGCUGGGCGCCGACGACAUGGCCUUCGUCUUCAACGGGCACCGG